AUUAAAGUUCUAAGUAAGUACACUCAGUACGCACCCAACUCAUUCGAAUUGUACGUCACCUGAAUAAUCAUGUAAUGUAUAUACCUUUGUGACAUACAGCGUUGCGUAAAAUCAGUCAUGUACGAACGCAUUACUGCAGUUUUUUUAGACAAGUCAUAAACUGCGAGCCUAGCCGAUUAAUAUAUUAUACUAUAUAACAUCAUCGUAACAUUUCGUCCAGAUAUAAGUCCGUCGUCGUCAUGAAAGCCGGCGGCGGAACGCUGGUCAGGUUGACGCUGAGCGGCGGCGCGUUAGCCGCGUCCGUUGCGGCUGCCUGUUGUUUCCUGACCGUGUGGUCGUACUGGUAUUACGAGCUUGACGCCGACUGCACGCAGGCGCGCGACUGCAAGUGUUUGCUGUUCGGCACGAGCUUUGCGGGCGGCGGUUUCGUGGGCGGCGACCGGUUCGCGUGUCUGUACGUCACGUACUCGCUGCUGGCGUCCGCCGGGCUCGCGGCCUGCGCAUGCGUAUACUACGGCUGCAGGGCGCUACUUUGCCCGGGCCGCGGCCGUCGCCGGCACCCGCACCACCGGCCGGUUAGGAGAUCGGCGGCCGAGACCGGACCCGAGGACGGCACCAGUUCACAGAUACAGAUAAGUGGUUUAACGAUGUGUUUUGCAAUUAUUCUCGCUGUCAUGGCGUUAAAUAUGUUUAUUGCAUCCAUUGUGCUAAGCAAUGGAUAUAUUUCGACCUGUUUGCAGUACGUGCAUCGAGUGAAAAGUUUUUUGAUGGUUUCCGGAAAUAUGGUAGAAUUGAUUUCAAAUCGUAUGUCAUGCGGUACCAUUUACGAUUUCAUGGAUUACUUACAACCGCCGUCGCGACAAGUGACAUAUGAACUAAUUCAUCGACGCAAGACCAAUCCGCGUGAUUCUGUGAUUAAUACAUCGGCACUUUUAAUAAUAUCUAUUAUACUGUCGUGGUUGAACACAUUAAUAUGGGUAGUAUUUACGUUUUGUACUUAUUAUUUCAAGUAA